GUUGCGCGGCCCGGGCCGGAAGUAAGCGAAUUCCCGGGUGUGUGUCUGUGUCUGUCUGUGUCUCGCAGCGGUGCGCGGCCCCGGACAAGCGCUGGGGAUUCCCGUUUGAGGCGUCACUGCUAUCACUGCCAUCACCCCACGGAGCCACUUCUAGAGGGGAGUAGACCCGGCUCUUCGCCGGGCAGAGAAGAUGUUGCCCCUGUCCAUCAAGGACGAUGAAUACAAACCACCCAAGUUCAAUCUGUUCGGCAAGAUCUCGGGCUGGUUUAGGUCUAUCCUGUCCGACAAGACGUCCCGGAACCUGUUUUUCUUCCUGUGCCUGAACCUCUCUUUCGCUUUUGUGGAACUACUCUACGGCAUCUGGAGCAACUGCUUAGGCUUGAUUUCCGACUCUUUUCACAUGUUUUUCGAUAGCACUGCCAUUUUGGCUGGACUGGCAGCUUCUGUUAUUUCAAAAUGGAGAGAUAAUGAUGCUUUCUCUUACGGGUAUGUUAGAGCGGAAGUUCUGGCUGGCUUUGUCAAUGGCCUAUUUUUGAUCUUCACUGCUUUUUUUAUUUUCUCAGAAGGAGUUGAGAGAGCAUUAGCCCCUCCGGAUGUCCACCAUGAGAGACUGCUACUUGUUUCCAUCCUUGGGUUUGUGGUAAACCUAAUAGGAAUAUUUGUUUUCAAACAUGGAGGUCAUGGACAUUCUCAUGGCUCUGGCCAUGGACACAGUCAUUCCCUCUUUAAUGGUGCUCUAGAUCAGGCACAUGGCCAUGUCGAUCAUUGCCAUAGCCAUGAAGUGAAACAUGGUGCUGCACAUAGCCAUGAUCAUGCUCACGGACAUGGACACUUUCAUUCUCAUGAUGGCCCCUCCUUAAAAGAAACAACAGGACCCAGCAGACAGAUUUUACAAGGUGUAUUUUUACAUAUCCUAGCAGAUACUCUUGGAAGUAUUGGUGUAAUUGCCUCUGCCAUCAUGAUGCAAAAUUUUGGUCUGAUGAUAGCAGAUCCUAUCUGUUCAAUUCUUAUAGCCAUUCUUAUAGUUGUAAGUGUUAUUCCUCUUUUAAGAGAAUCUGUUGGAAUAUUGAUGCAGAGAACUCCUCCCCUAUUAGAAAAUACUCUGCCUCAGUGCUAUCAGAGGGUACAGCAGCUGCAAGGAGUUUACAGUUUACAGGAACAGCACUUCUGGACUUUAUGUUCUGACGUUUAUGUUGGCACCUUGAAAUUAAUAGUAGCACCUGAUGCUGAUGCUAGGUGGAUUUUAAGCCAAACACAUAAUAUUUUUACUCAGGCUGGAGUGAGGCAGCUCUAUGUACAGAUUGACUUUGCAGCCAUGUAGUGAAUGGAAAGAAAUUAUGCACCUUUUAUGGACCAAAUUUUUCUGGUACUGUACAAUCCAAAACAUUGUACCCAGCUUUUUAAAAGAGAGAAAUUAUCACUACAACUCCCGAGCACUAAGUAGACUGGGUAGAGUCAGCCGUUUAUGCUCUGUGGGGAGUUCACAGCUAAGCGAUCAGAUUUAAGAGGAUAUCUCCUGGACUUUUGGUCUUUUCUUUUGUGCUCUUUCCUCCAAAUCUUUUUGACUUCUGAGGUUUUUGGUUUAGGGUGUUGAUUUGUCCUUUUUUCUUUCUUUUUUUGUUUUUGGUUUUUGUUUGUUUGUUUGUUUUCAUGUUGAAUGCCCACACCAUCCUCCUCUCAUCCCAGCCAGUAAGAAUUUCAGAUUGGGGGCCUCCAGUCUUCUGGAAUGUCUUCACUGAAGCUGCUGGAAACCACUGCUUUCAUUCCCACAAAAUCAGUAUUACUUUAAAAAAAAAAAAAAAAAGAAAGAAAUUGGAAAUCUGUUCUAUAAGUAAUGUCACAAUUGUUGACGUUCUUCAGUAUAAUCAUGUUUGUAAUAUUGUUUGUACCUUGCAAACUUAUGAACCAAACCAUAUUGGGUUUUCAAAGUGCCUUUGUAUCCGAAAAUGUAUUUGCCAGCAUAGAAAUGUACCAUCAAAAGUCAUGUAUGGUUUAUUUUUAUUUUUUAUUUUUUGAGAUGGAGUCUUGCUCUGUCACCAGGCUGGAGUGCAGUGGCGUGAUCUCAGCUCACUGUAACCUCCACCUCCUGGGUUUAAGCUAUUCUCCUGCCUCAGCCUCCUGAGUAGCUGGGAUUACGGACAUGUGCCAAUACACCCAGAUAAAUUUUGUAUUUUUAGUAGAGACGAGGUUUCACCAUGUUGGCCAGGAUGGUCUCAAUCUCUUGACCUCGUGAUCUGCCCGCCUCAGCCUCCCAAAGUGCUGCGAUUACAGGCAUGAGCCACCAUGCCCGGCUAUGUUUUUUUUUUUUUUUUUUUUUUUUUUUUUUAAUGGAUAUUCUGUAAUCUAUACAAAGCAAGACUAUUGCCCGUAAUGUAUACAAAUUGUCUUUUUGUGUACUUCCAGCAUAGGUUUGGAUAUAUGAACAUUUUUCUUUGAUUGUUUUAUCUUAUCAGAAAAUAAAAGCUGUUAAUUUGCUUUUUAAAACAAAUUUAAUUAUCACAUUUUAAAUUACUUCAUGGACUAUGUUUUCAAAACUUUGCAAAUUCAUCUGUUACACAGAAAAUUUUGACUUAAAACAUCUGCUGAAUUUCAAAUUUCUGUAAAAGCUACUGUAUCUGUGAUAAACUUCCCUAUAUCUUUCCUUGCCACUUCUAUGGAUUUUAUAAUUAAAGAAAAAGGCAUUGGAGACUGAAGGCAGAAAUGAUUGUGACAGUGCUGUUUGGCUUUUUCAUUCUUCAAAUGCCAAGUCAUCCACUUUGUUUUCCUGUUUAGGCUUUGCACAAAUACAAUUGCUUUCAGGAAUCCUAAAGCAGCAUUCUAUUGAGUUUGAAUUAUUAAAGGUACAGAGGAAAUGUGGUGAUGUAGAACUUUUCCUAACACAGGUAUCUAGGAAGUAAGUACUAAGUUGAUUUUCUAGAUUCUUAUAUAUCUGAAAAAUAAAAUUGCAACUUGAGAUAAGUGCUUGAACACUAUACUUAAGUAUUCUCUGUGUUUUAUGAAUAGAUAAUGAUCUGAUUUUCCCAUCAUACUUCAUUUUACAAUAUGUAUUCCCUUUUAACUUUAAAAAAACUGUAAAUGUGGGAGAAAAAACGCUGCAGGAUGGAAAUGAUGAUUAAGAAUGUAGAUCAAUAAGCAGAAAUCCCUGUUGAUUCUAAGUUUCAGAGUGUCUUUUCCCGUAUAUCUGACCUACAUCUAUAAACUACUCUCUACUAGGAGAACUAGACUACUUUCUUCAUUCUUUUCUAAACUGCUGCAGAUUGCCAUGAAGUCUAUCAAUAGUCUCUUUUCUGCAGGCAAAGUAGUAUUUUCUAAACAUGUUUGCUUACUGCCAGGUGGUUUGAAAGCUAUGAUUUACUGCAGUAGUAUGUGCUUAAAACAACUGUUGAGGUCUUUUAAGAGGGAAAGUUCAAAAGGAAGUGUCCUGAUAAUGGUACUGGUUUUUCUACAAAUAUAAGUAGUCAUUUAGAAGUUUGCAACUACCACCAAGUCUGAGAGAACUCUGGGAUAUUUUGUGGGUUUUGGCAUAUUAGAUAGAGAAAAUGACAGAUCUAGAUGAAGGGAGAUUUUGGAUGUGUGCCUUUAAAAACUGAGUAUGUAUAACUACUGAUAUUUCACAUAUGGAGAUAAUUGAAGACCCAAGUCUGCCUUUCACAGAGCUCUCCAUUCCAAGUUUAGUUUUUGUCAAAAUAUGAAUCAUUUUAUUUGUACUAUCAGUACACAAAUGCAUGAGUAUGUUUAUAUAGUGUUAGACUGAUGUGAAUUUGCAUUUGUUACAUGAUAUUGCCAGCUCAUAUCAGUUAGGAAGUCAGCAUUAACAUUUAUGCUUUAAUUAAAUGCCAGUAUACCUAUGUGUGCAGCAGUAAAAAAUUAGUGAGAAAAAGCAACUUUUUUGUCACUCUUAGGAAAUAUUUUGUCUUAUUAGUGUUCUUGGCACAUGUGUAUUACUAAAGUUGAUAAUUCCAAUGAGAAAUACUACCUGAUUAUUGUUAUAAAAUUAAUUUACAAUAUCCCUGAUAUUGGGCUAACUCUUACAAAAAAAACAAAAACAAAAAACCCAUAUCUGAAUAUAACUUUGCCAGUAUUUUUAAAAUUCAAAAUAUUCUCUGGACAACAAAUUUGUAUUGCUCAGGGACAGUUUACCUUGCCUGGUAAACCUUCCCAAACAGAAAUAUAGCUAUACUAGCUUUGGUUUUUGGGGGUUUUUUGUUUGUUUGUUUUAGAUGGAAUUUCACUCUUGUUGCCCAGGCUGGAGUGCAUUAGCGCAAUCUCAGCUCACUGCAACCUCCGCCUCCCGGGUUCAAGUGAUUCUCCUGUCUUAGCCCCCUGAGUAACUGGGAUUACAUGCACCCACCACCAUGCCUGGCUAAUUUUUGUAUUUUUAGCAGAGACAGGGUUUUACCAGGUUGGCCAGGCCGGUCUUGAAUUCGUGACCUCAGGUCAUCCUCCUGCCUCGGCCUCCCAAAGUGCUGGGAUUACAGGCAUGAGCCACUGUGCUCAGCCACUAGCUUUGGUUUUUUAAACACAGAUUAUAUUCCUCAAGAUGAAGGGCUUAACAUAUCUACAGCUUCCUCAGUUUGCUAACUCCCCAUGCGUCUUUGUGAAGGACAGUAUCUAGUUGAUCUGUAGGUCAGUGUUCUUGUGCUGUCAUUUCCCUUAUAUCUGGAAUUUGUCAGCAUUCUUGAAAACCUACACAUGUAUAUCAGUAACCAAAAUGCUAUGACUUUUUUGCACCUUUGUACAGCAGCCAAAUCAUGAACUCAAAAUGUAUUUGAUCACAGUUCUAUAAUAUUUUUACCUACCUACUAUGGAAUAAUCAGUUUUUACAGAGAUUAUAUGUAGAUAUGGUAGAACCCUGUUAUGUAAUGCCAAAAUUUAAGAACCAUAUUUACAUUGCUUAACAUAGAAUUUUACAUCUAAGCAAGGACUGGCCUUAGAAGCAGUCUAGUUCUACCUCUCAUUUUACAGAUGAGAAAACCGAAGCCCAGAAAAGUUCUCAUUUGCUCAAAGUCACAGAGAUAAUUAGUGGCAAAGCCAAAAAGAUUCAGAUCUUCUGACUGAAAGUUGAGAGUUCUUUACACUCUAUUAUGCUGGCCUCUCCAGCGUAAUAUUUGCCUUUCUGUAAAUGGGAUUAAAUACGAUUUGUAAAUAAAGGACAUCUAACCUCCUUUUUUUGGUACAUUAAGGCACUUUAUAAAUGGACUUUUAUUGUCUCAUUUUUCAUAUAUAAUUAUUUCCAUAAUAUUCUUUAUGGAAGAUAUUGUAAUUAAUUUUAACUUUUUUACUCUUAUAAAGCCAGUUCCUGACAUUUUAAAAAAUGAUAUCUGUAAAAUGGAUCCUUUUAUGAGUGAAUUUUUCUGUUAAUUGCCCAAGGCUAAAUCCAUUGUAAGGAUUGCUUAGUUUCUUUAUUUUGUUUAUGUUCUCUGAACUGGUAUUUUUUAAUAAGCCAGGCUAAUUCACAGGUCAUUCCAUUUCAGUCUUGUCAUGUUGGCUUCCAGUCACUGGAAAAGCUUUAGCAUUUUAAAGAUUUUUAGAGCCAUGCAAAACUGGGCAUUAAAUGUUGCAUAAAACAAAUCUUUUAAUUAAGGUAAAAUGUUGAAGUCUUAACCAGAAUUCUAAAUACUAAAUUCUAACUCUUCAUAAAAGCAUGACCUUUGGAAAGUUAAAUUUUUUUUUUCCUUUCAUCACCAUCUUUGAAACAAAUUAUUUUCCAAUUCAUAAGAACUUUGGUUAAAAAAUAAAUAAAAGGAAAUUAUAUUUUGUUUGGACAUUCAUUGGAAGGCUUGUUGAAGACAUGAUCCCCCAGAAGCCUUAGUGACCCAGAUCUCAACCAGAGACUCAAGAUAGCCUCAGAUACAAUGAAAGAUUAUGAAUCCAAAAAAAAAAAAAAAGAGACAGAGAAAAGGAGCAGAGGAGGACAGUUCUAUUUAAAGCCAAAUGGAUGUGAGUCUGACCAGGGUGUCUUUGGUUUAUAUUUCCUAACUGCAGAUUACACAGAAGGCAAGGUUAGGAAGUAUUUAUGUGCCAGGCGCUUAGUGUGGCCUUCGUGUUAUUACAUUUAAGCCUCAAAUUUCUACAAAGGAAUAAUUUUGCAUGAUUUUAUGAUUGACAGAGCAUUUUCAAAUCUCCUCUAAUUCUCAUAACUUCUCUGUGAGGAAGGGAUUUGUAUCCUUUUUACAGAUGAGGAAGCUGUUUGGAGAUAAUUUAAGUGACCUGCCUGGGGAAUAUAGCCAGUAGUAGAGCACUGAUUAAUCAGGUGCUGACAUCUGCUCUGCUUUGUGUAUGUCAUUCAGCAGUGCUUCAAAGAUCCAAGAAGUUGUAGCAGAUCUCAAUAGACUCUCCUGUAAAAUUAGUGAACAAUCACCAUGACAAAAUUGGUAUGGGGGAACAGUCACUGUACAUUAUUCAGACUCAUUCCUUCUUCCAGUGCCCUUAUGCUUAUUUCCUACCUUUACCAUUGAUCUUAAACUGUGCAGGCUAAAAAGAGGAACCAGAACUCCCUUAAGCACUUUUAAGACUAUUUAAAAAAUGGAGUUUUGUUGGCAUUGCAGAGUAAGCUGCUUAAGGGACUAAAUCAAAAGAUAGUACCCUCUGUGGCCAUAUGAAGAGAGAAACUGAACUUCUACCCGAGAGACCUUAAUUUAGUUUAUUAGGGAAUUAUGUUCCCCAAAAGUACAAGUAAUUUUGUACUGCAGGAGAGGGAUAAGUAGAUUUGAUUUACAUUACAUUUUAUGCAUACCUUUCAAAACCAAGAAAUAUGUUUCAUAAAUAGUAGUAAUCUAUGCUUAAACUUAACAUUUAAUGUUGACUUCUUACAACAGCCUUGAAAAUUAUUUGUAAUUUUGAUCAUGAUGUUGGAAAGCUUGUAAUAAAGAAUAUCUUUCUCUUAUGCAUUCUUUUAUCCUCGUGGAUUUACAUGCUCAGUAAAUGGUUAACUAGUGAACAUUUUAGAUAGUUGUGUCAAAAAUAAGAGUUAGGGAUAGGUAAAACCAGUAAUUUACUGUUUUUUACAGAAGACAUCUCAGCAUUUCUUUGGCAUUUUUGCACAAAUAAAUGACUAUAUAUUCACCUUGGCCAUUUUUUUUAAGUAGCCCUGUGAGCUGCUCAUUCUUUUUCAUAUACAGUGGAAGUAUAAAGAUGUUACCCAUUUUACAAAUUGUUGGAUCAGAAUUUGACAGAAUUGGGACUGUGGAACCUGGGUCACUUGAAUUUUCUGUAUUUUGUAUGGCCAAGUCAGGAACCAGACGGUCUCCAUAGUCUCCUUUGUUUUUAUGGAAAAUUGCCAUAUUCACAUAUUUUAUUUAUCCUGAUGUAUUGUCAUCCAAAAUGAAAGAGGUCUUUCUUGAAGGUACUUUAAAGACAACACUACAUGUAUUCAAUUACUGAUUUAAAUAUUCCCAGAAUUAUUUUUUACCUUUCUCUUUUUCCCCUCAAACACAUUUUAGUAGCACCUCCCUCUAUUUUCUUUACUGAUUUUUCAUCUGUUUUCAUUGUUAUUUCCAUUAUAGAACUUCUACUUUAUACUAACAGGGAAAAUUUUUUAUUUUGAAUUUUAAUAUUUGAAUUUUGUUUAUGUAUCACAUAUUGUGCUACAGUUAGCCUCAAUGAAAAUUCUAUUUUGAACUAGACAUCCUGUCAAUAGUUUGUCAAGUAACUUCAUUGCUUCCUUUAAUAGCAGUUCAGUGAAAUUUUUUCCCAAGUGAUAUUCCCCCCAACUUUGUGAGUUUGAUAAACAGAAUGAGUCUUUUAUAUUGGAAAUACUGUGAGUGGAAAAUUGCCAAAUCCCUUCUUAGUAUAUUUUAAACACCCCUACAACACUUUACCUCCCUGCCUUCAGUGGUGUUUAAACAUGGCCAAGUUAGAAUUUGGGUUUGAUUCCUUUGGUGAAGACUAUGGCAUCAAAACAUUUCUUAAAAUGUUUGAGUACAAGGCUAAGUUAUAAUGUCAACUUUAAAAGACUAUGUUGUGAUUUGGUUUGAAUAUGCUGAAGUGAGCAAUUAUGAUUUGCCCAAGUGCAAUACAACAAAUCUAUAAUGUAUAUUUCACAUUUUCUACUUGAACUCAUUCAUGUAUAUAUUUUGUUAAACUUCAUAUGUAUUUAAAAAGAAUCAUAAACUGUAUCAAAAUUCUUUCAAUAAAAUUUCUGUUUAAAAAUCUCUA